AUGGGCAUGGACUCUGCCUCACCAUGUUUUCAUACGGGAAGUUACUCGAACAUCGGAUCGCGGGCUUCCCGGUGUACGCGCCAACCACCACCUGCGAAGACUUCGGAUCCCGCGACUCCAGCGAAGACACCCCCACGUAGGAAGAGUGCCGCCGUCGAGUCACAGGCCCGACCUGUGGUCGUUACCAAACGGAAGGCAACCGCUUCUCCAAGCGACCAACCAGCCAAGCCAGGCCCUCCGUCUCAACCGCCGAAACAGGACAUGGAACUGUCUGAGCAGUGGUCACUCCUGGCCGGCAAGUUACAUCAGCGAUAUGCCCAGAUAGUCAAGGUCAACCUCAAGGAUGUUCGUCAGCUCAUCACGCAACCAAAGCACGAGGCCUUCCAACCGUUGCCAGCAAGCCCGACUGAAGGAGACUACGCUGUUCACAAGGUCACCCAAGCAGUUAGCAACCUCUCCAUACCGGCAAUCCAUGCCGCAAUUCGACGUUACGAACUUCAUCGGCUCUCCGUGACGACAUCCUCACCACCAACCUCCUUUGCCUCUAAAUUGCAGGAUUUUGUAGUGAAGGGUAUUAUCAGCGCUCCGAUGACACCGUUCCAACCGAAUGGCGACCAUGACGUGUCAGUUCUUGACAAAUACGUCGAUCAUCUUGUCAACAGCAGGAUCGAUGGUGUCUUCAUUCACGGCACAAUGGGCGAGGGUUUGAGUUUGACAGUGAACGAAAGAAAAGAAAUGACAGAAGCCUGGGUAAAGGCGUCCAAAGAUAAGUUGAAAUACGUCAUCGUUCAAGUUGGGACAGAAAAUCUCAGAUCCAGCAUGGAACUAGCGAGACAUGCUCAAAGCACCGGUGUAUCAGCGAUUGCGUGUUUUUCGCCAUCCUAUUUUAAACCAGCAACCAUCAGCGCGUUGGUUAGUUACAUGGAACAUGUGGCAGAAUCGGCGCCAGAUCUCCCGUUCUACUACUACGACAUCAACUUCAUGACGAACGUACACUUGAACGUGCGCGAGUUCUUGGAGCAGGCCUCGUCCCGCAUCCCGAGUCUGCGUGGCGUCAAGUGCUCGUCUCAAGAACUACCCGACGUCUUCGACCAGGCCAACUGCAUGGACGGCCGCUUUCAAGUCCUCAUAGGAACUGAUGAGCAACUACUCCCAGCCCUGUGUUUGGGUGUCCAGGUGCCGGUGUUGAAUUCGUACGUCGGUCCGUGCUUCCACAGACUUCGUGAAGCAUUCCUGUCCGGGGACAUGGACUCGGCCAGAAAGGAGCAGAAAUUUGCCAGGUCAGUGGUCAGGCUGUGUACGAAAUAUGGUAAGAUUAUAAUUUUAUGAACCCCAUUACAGCAC